UGUUACGCGAUUUGACAGCAUGUGUUUUGCUCGCAGGAAUUAAAAGGGUCGUAAAAGGGUAGCCGACUAUUCUUUAUAGAUAAAUAUAUUUUUCGCAAUAUUUAUUUGCGACGAUCGAGAAACAGAAUCCUUCCCGGGUCCCCUUCGGCUUACUAACGAAGUUUUCGAUUUGGAACAGUUUGUUCGUAUAAAGCUAAAGAGCACUAGCACGAGCCAUCAAAAUGUCCGAUCCGGUAGCCCGUCCCAUGAAGUUCCCGUACACCUUCUCGGCGAAGCUGGCACAGUUCCCGGUGCAGCACUACUUCAAGAACCAGUGGAUCUGGCGUUACUACUUCAUCGCGUUCGGCGUGUCCAUCCCGCUGUUCUACAAGAUUCACAAGCUAGCCAACUCACCGGCCAACCAAGCCAAAUGGGCGGAAUCGAAACGAAAGGAACACGCAGAGCAUCACUAAUGUGUAGGGUGUGAAUCCAAGCAAAGAUGCGUCUAUGGUAACUAGCAUCCUUUUAGUAAUGUCGUCCUGGACAGCAGACGUAUCAGGUGUAAAAAUAGCGCAUGAUGGAUCGGAUAAUAAAUUGCGGGGGAUUGUAUGAAGCA